AUCCAAUAGUCAAGUGGGACUUCAAGUGAAAUUUGGCGGAGCAGAUGUGAUAGUGUGGGGGUGUCAGUAACAGUGAGCGGUGAGCGUGCAGUGGGGCUACUAGACGGACAGGCACCAAGCAACCUCAGGGAACAAAAAAGAAAUAAAAGGAAAAGAAGAAGAAGAAAAAGAGAAAAAAUGGAGGAAAUUCUUAUACUGCAGAUGGGAGGCACGAUCGACAAAGACUAUCCGAAGACGAAGGCAGGUUACAGUUUCGAAGUCGGAGAGCCGGCCGUGCGAAGGAUUCUGACCCGCCUGCGCCCAUCGCGGUCCAUCAUUACGAAGAUCGAGACAGUUUGUAGGAAGGACAGUCAGGAUAUUACAGACGAGGAUAGGUCAGACUUGCUAGAAAAGGUCUCGGGAGCGAGUCAGAGCCGCCUGGUGGUGACCCAUGGAACCGACACCCUCAUAGAGACGGCGACCUUCCUUGCCAGCGGCCUCCGGGAGCGAGGGGUCACCGCCAAGACCAUUGUGUUCACGGGGUCUUUCUCGCCCGAGAAGUUCAGAGACACAGACGCGGACUUCAACGUGGGCGUGGCCCUCGGGGGCGUGCAGGCAGCCUCCCCGGGCGUGUGGGUGGCUAUGAACGGAAUCCUCCUGGCGUGGGACCGCGUGGACAGGGACGACACAGGCCAGUUCGUGCCCCGCCGGAGGUCAUACGCGGUCACUGUCUGAGGUCAAAUAGGACGCUGUUUUUUCGUCUUUUUCGUGUGUGCGUUUGAGCGAAGAAUUAUGGUUGUUCUCCCUUUUCUUACAUUUUGGUUUAGAAAGGGAGGUCACUCUUCUUAGUCUUCAUAAUUUUCUUCUGCAUUUUGUAUCAAUAAAUGAGGGUUAUCUUAUA